UUAGUUUGGUUUUAGGUUUGUAACAUUUAUCACCAGCUUUAUGUUGUGUAGUGAAGCACACGAGAGUCGUAUCACAACCAAAGUCUGCAUAACGCUAAUUUAACUAGAAUGACAGAGGAGGAAGCUAAUGACUAAAAAGCUUGAGCUAACACUAGCUAGCAUGCUAAUAUCAGUGCGCGCAAUGAGAAGAAGCUAUUUAUAGUUUUCAUGAUGACAACUCGGGACUUUACGACACUGGCUUACACGAUAAGCCCAAAAACAUCGAAAAGAACAACAUUUCAGGAUGAACUUCAGGCUGCUGUGUCUGUCAGGGCAAGCAAAACUAAAACAGUUCAAUACUCCAACUAUGAUGACUUUGAUGAGGAUGAAGAUGAUUUUUUAAAUGAACUCCUCAAGUCAAGAAAAAAGAGGAAUGAUGCAUUGAAGGCUGGGAAGAGCAAAGCCAAAACAAACACCUUUGAGCUCUCAGAUGAUGAAGACAAGCAUAGCAGGACAAAAAAAGUUUCAUUCCUGAAAUCACAAAGAAUCAGCUCUCCUUCAAACGACACAACAGCAUCAGAGUCGCAUGAAAACGAGCCACCGGACUCCUCCACUGCUGAACACAUUAAUCAUAAUGGAUCCUUUUCCUCACAGCACUCCAAAAAUAUCAGUGAAGAUAGCACACAGUUCAAAAACAGUGCUGCAGGGUCUAUCGAUCAUCAAAUCACAAGAGAGAACUCAAGUAAAUCUCUCUCAUACCAAACAUCAGAUGAUACUCUUCUGGACAUGUCUUUGCCUUUACCGUCUGAUGGCAGCAUGAUUGAAACUCCAGCUCCAGUGGAAAAGAUGAACUCUCUUGGGGAAGAAAGCUCUCAGACUCCGCAGUUGUCAGCAUCUGGCCUCGAUCACGCAGCUUCAGCAGAGAGGGAGCCACCUAGACCCAAACCGCGACAAAGGACUCUUGGAUUGAGUGUUCAUGCAACCCAGAAGUUAACUGAAGAAACUACAUCUCAGGAUCUCAGCAGGCCCCAGACUUCUUCUGCAUCAAUUCCCCUCUCAAGUGAUACAUCCAGCAACAUUGCCAUAAGGAGCUGCAGUCCACAAUGGACAGAAGGAGAUUACACAGCUUCAUGUAGCCCCAGCAAAUCCCCUUCAAAUAAGAGUGAACACUCACAACUCUUUACCAAGUCUACAGUUGAUUCUGGAUCCCGAGAUGGCUUCAUUUCUGAUGAGAGCAAAGAUCAAGCGAGAAAAUACUCUACAUCAUUUGAAGAAUUUAAUGAAUGCUCAGGCAAUCAUUCAGAUCAGCUCUCCCAUGCCCCUGAAAAAUCAUUUGACACAAGGACUUCAAGUUCACAGAGACCCCAAAGUGUGUGCUCUAAGAAAGUGGAAUCAAAGUAUUUGGGGAGUCUCAAAGUUCUGGACCGUAAAGUCUCACUACAAGAGUCUGAGCUGCAAGCAGCAGAUUCACUCAGAGCUGCCAUUUACCAGGAAUGGCUUAAAAAGAAAAAGGAAAAGUCAAAAGAGAGCAUGCAACUAAAGAAGAAGGAUGAAAUUCUAAAGGAGAAAAAGAAAAAGGAACAAGAGGCUAAAAAGGAAGAUGCGGUUGCAUCCUAUGAAGCUUGGAAAGAAAAGAAAUCAGAAACUCUCAAAGCAAAAGCUAAAGAAAGGCAAGAUGUGAUUAGAAAAGAACAGAGAGCGGCUGAAGAGAAAGAAGAAAAAAGACAGUCUGCUGCACAGGUGUUUGAGAAAUGGAAACGAGAGCGUGAUCGCCUACUAAAAGAAAAGCACAGAAAACAGAAAGAAGCUGAAAAUAAACUGAAGGUAAAAAAGCAAGAAACGGAGGAAGAAAGAAAGCGAGACAGCAAAUCUGCUUUUUCUGACUGGUGUGAAAAGAAGAAAGAUGUUCUCCAUGAAAAACUCACAACAGAGCGCAAAGAAUUUGAAAAUAAAGCCGAGGAGGAACGUUACAUGACAGAAGAACGAGAUAAGAUGGCUUUAGAGAUGUAUGAAAACUGGCUGAUCCUGACGCAAUACCAGCAGGAAGUCCACAACCUGGUUCAAGCCAUUGCCGAAAGCUCACUUGAGCUGAACAUCACAAAAACCAAGGAGCUCUGCUGUGGGUAUGUGGGGAAAAACCUAGUGGAUCUGCUUGUACCACUCAACAUCCAGGGUCAGUUGAUGGAACAGGCAUCUGGAAUUGUACCCAAGGAGGAACCAGACUUGUGCAAGUCCACAGUUCUCUUCUAA